AUUCAUUUCAAUUCAUAUCUAUUUUUUAAUACUAUUUUUAUAUGAUUUAUGUUUUAUGUUAUUCACAAUGAGUUGUGUUUUGCAAUACAUUUGAUUGAAUUAAUGCCAAUUUAAUGCUGUAUUUGACGUCAAUUUGUUGUAUUUGUAAACAAUUGAUUGAAAUAUGAGUUAAAUUUGUGGUUAAAAUCAAUAGUAAUUUGAUAUUAAAGUGAAUUACAAUAAUUGGAGACAGAAAUACGAGUCAUACAAAUGAUAUGAAUUGUGUCUCACAUGAGAUGUGUUGGUGUUUGGGAUGAAAUGAGUGAUACGAUUGACACGAUUGACGGUCUGUCUGAUGGCCAUAAGGUCUACAAAUAGGUGAAUGAAUUGAGACUCUGGUUAACCAUUGUGUGCAAUGAUGUGCCAAAUGAAGACAUGGAUGAAGACAUUGCUGGUUGUGGUGCUGUGUUUGGGAGUGAAGUGUGCGGCGAUGUGUCCGCGAGGGUGUGAUUGCGAUGACCAGCGGUUGCGGGCCGUGUGUGAGGUCGAGGCGAGACUGGAUUACGUGCCGCACACUCUGAACCCCGCACUCAAACAACUCAUACUAUUAGACAAUCAGAUCCGUGGCGUCAAGUCUUCGCUAUCUGUUUACAGAAAUCUAGAACUUCUGGAUAUCUCUCGAAACCAAUUGACAACAUUAGGCGAAAACAACUUCUUGGAGAGCAAUCGUAUUGAGACAAUGAUUUUGAACACCAAUGCGUUGACAGCCGUUCACAACAACACAUUCAAUGGUUUGGUUUCGUUGAAAAAGUUACACUUAAGUGACAAUAAGAUCUCAGAAAUCAAUUCAAAUACAUUCAAACCACUCAUCGGUUUAGAGACAUUAGAUUUAUCGCUGAAUCAAAUCCAAUGGAUAUCUGGCGACGCGUUUCGUGGUCUUCACAAUUUGAAUCAAUUAAAUCUCAAAUCAAAUGUUUUGAAUGCAAUUCCGAGCAAUAGUUUUCAAUUUGUGCCAAAACUGCAAGUUUUAGAUUUGAGUCAAAACUCAAUUCACAACAUAUCCGACGAUUCAUUCGCUCCACUCAUGAGUCUAACGGAUCUCUAUCUCGAAGGCUGUUCUCUAAGUGCUAUCGAUUCCCAUUCCUUCAGACGAUUGACUAAUCUGUCAACUCUUAGGCUUAAUAGCAAUCACUUGGAGGAAAUACCUUCGAAAGCAUUUAUGGAUUUAACUCUAUUGGAAGAGUUGAAGAUCGGAGACAACUAUUUUAAAACCAUUUCACCAAAAGUCUUCUCAAGUCUCCAACAUUUAAGGACUUUAGACAUUAAUAAAUGUCAAUACCUUUCCUGGAUUGAAUUGGGAUCGUUUGACGGCUUAUCCCAUUUGGAGCGACUCGAGAUCUCACACAAUAAAUUGCUCACAAAUAUUGAUAACAAUGUGUUGAGUGAUAUCCCAAACCUUCGAUACCUAACGCUUAGAUCCAAUGGAUUUGUGACUUUGCAGUUAGAGUUCGUCAACACAAUUGAGAGGAAAAUCUAUUUAGACGUUAGAGACAACCCCUUCCACUGUAACUGCAGUCUCGAAUGGCUUCGACACUAUCUCUUGCAGUCGAAUACAUCGGUUACGCAAAUGGUUAACCAAACGAGUGAAUACAUCUCAUAUCCAUUCCUCAAUCUGUUGGGAACAGUGUUGGGAGUGGAGUGUGUGAGCCCUCCAUCGCUGCACACAAAGUUGAUCGUAGACUUGGGUAACGAUGAGUUCGGAUGCUUUGAAUUGGACACUAAGAUCCCGAUUAUAAUAGCGAUACUAAUUGGAGUGCUAUUGAUAUCUGGAGUAAUGAUAAUAUUUGUGAUUCGUUGCAAAUACGGUCUGUCAGGGCUCGUGAAGAAUCAAUGGCUUACGGGAGACAACAGUACGACAAAUGCAAUCUCUCAACGAAAUGAUCUCAAUUAUAGGAAACCAGAGUUUGUAUUCAUUCCAAACAUUGACCUGAAUAUCGAUGAAACGGAAGGUCAUCUCCAAGAGACAGCUCGCUAUCCAUUGAAAAUGACUCCAAUAACAGAACUGUGAUUUCAUUCAUUCAUUUCUACAAUUCAUAUAUGAAUUCCAUUUUUAAGUUUGGAUUACGAUAUCAUACGAAAUAUGCAAAACAUUUCCACGUGUUUAAUGUCUAGUAUUUUUUAUUAAUGACAAUUUGCACACAAUUGCAAUCUUCUCUUAACCACUAUUUCUUAUACAGUAUUUGAAAUUUAUUUGAAUCAAUGGUGUGUCAGGUCUCAGCUCUUGACUAUAUUAACAUCAAAUUUCCAUUUUAUAGCCAA